UCUACUGAGAGAGAAAAUUAUUUCUGUUGGAAUCCCACUCCACUCUUGGAGUCGUCACCAUUUCGUGCUCUGUGCUCUGUGCUCUCUGCCAUUCCUUUCCCUUCUCUUCACAUCACCCACAUUCCUUCUUCUCCUGCUCUCUCUCUCUCUCUCUCUCUCUCUCUCUCUGAAAACAUUCCCACUUGCUCUUUUUUUCUUCUUUCGUUAAGCUUUUGGGUUCUGUGAAAAUCUUUGUCGAGAAAGAGGAAGAUCCCUUCAUGGACAAUAUGACUCUCGGACAAAAGGAACCAGAGCCCGGAGAAGCGAGCGAGACCAACAAGAAGUUUUGUGCUGAUUGCAAGACCACCAAGACUCCUCUGUGGAGAGGCGGCCCUUCUGGUCCCAAGUCACUGUGCAAUGCAUGCGGGAUAAGAUACAGGAAGAAGAGGAUCUUGAGCAGAGCAACAGCGAGGAAGAGAGAGAGACACCACCACCAUUCCCAUGUCAACACCACCGACACUAGCAAUGCCGAACCUGCUGCGGAUGUUGGUGCUGGGAACGAUUUGAGUCACUCGUUGAAGAUGAGACUGGCGAUCCUGGGCAAAGAUCUGUUGCUGCAGACGUCGUUUGUGAAGAAGCAGAGGUGCCAGAGAAAAAGGAAGUUGGGUGAGGAAGAGCAGGCUGCCGUUUCUCUUAUGGCCCUCUCUUGUGGCUCAGUCUCUGCCUAAAAAUAGUAAAUGAAGGAAAAUAGGCGGGGACAGGAGAUAGGAAGUUUUUUUCUUGUCCUUCUUAGGUUUUUUUUUUUUUUUUUUGAGGGGUGGUGGUCUUCUUGAAGAUAGUGAAUGAGUAGCCAUCCUUAAAUAUGUUCUCUGUCCAUGCCCUUUUCUUCAGGAGGGCAUUUAGGAGUAGAUGAGGAUAGGGGCAAUAGGUCAUAUGGAUUUUGGGAGUUGCGUAAUGCCGUCAAGUUGUCAUUGACAUCUAACAGUGUAAAUAGUAGGAUUAGGCAUGUAUCUAAUGAGAAACAUGUCGCAUCUGUUUAACAGCCGGACCCUCUCUU